AUGUUUCCCAAAGCUGCGGAGUACUUAGAGAAUGGUCUUCCUCUUGAAAAAUGGGCACGGUGGAAUUUUAAAGGAGACAAGUACAACUUCGACACAAGCAAUGCCUGUGAAUCAAUGAACAGCGUCUUCAAGAAGGCGAGAAAGUAUGCACUAUUGCCUUUGAUUGAUGCGUAUGUUGAGAAAGUGUCUGAAUGGUUCAACAGGUAUAGGAAUAACAUAGCUGGUGCAUCAUAUUCGAAGAAAAUGGUGCCGUUUGUGGAAAACGAAUUGCAUAAACAAUGUGCAAUUGCAACCAAAUUAGAUGUGACUGAGCUAAAUCUACCUGGGCUUGAAUACAGUGUAGUUGGAGUUGAUGGGAAGAACUAUCUGGUUAAUUUGGAUACAAAAAGCUGUGGGUGUCGCAUGUUUGAUAUUGAUAAGAUUCCAUGUGUUCAUGCAAUACCCGCAACCAUUGCAAUGAUGCGGAAGUCCUCAAGAAGAAGAGACUUACACAUUUUCGAUUUAUGCUCGAGAUACUACUUGAUUGAUACUUGGGCUAUGGCUUACCACAGAACCAUCUAUAUGGUGCCGCAUCAUUCUACUUGGAUUAUUCCUGAGGAGGUUGCUAAUUUAGUUGUUUACCCACCAGACUACACCAAAAAAGCAGGAAGAAAGAAGGAAAAGCGGUUUCCUUCCACCGGAGAAGCUCGCAGGAGUCAGAAGGCCAACCCAAACAUAAACAUUGGCCGUUGGUUUCAACCACUAAACUCAAGGGAAGAAGAGGGUGAAGAGGGUGAAGAGGGUCAGAGCGGUCAGAGCUAG